CACGGGCUGGUGCCCGGCGUUGUCAUAGCGACGGCGGCUGCGCGCGCGGAGGGAGGCGGCGGCGGCGGCGGCGGGCUAUGCGGCUUUUCUACAGCAGCUGCGAUGGGUUCCCUGCUUUCCCUCUCUGCUAAUAACGCUACCUCGAGGCAGAGGAAGAACGCUGAUGAUGAUGAUGACUUACUUGAUAGCCGGGAUCGUGAGGAAGACAUUGCCAAGUUUCCAUAUGUUGAAUUCACAGGUCAGGACAGCAUCACCUGUCCCACUUGCCAAGGCACUGGCUGUAUUCCCACAGAACAAGUAAAUGAGUUGGUGGCUCUGAUACCCUACACUGACCAACGGCUACGUCCACAGAGAACGAAGCAGUAUGUCCUGCUGUCAGUGCUGCUCUGCCUUCUGAUAUCAGGGCUGGUGGUUUUCUUUCUGUUUCCGCACUCUGUCCUUGUGGAUGAUGAUGGCAUUAAAGUGGUUCAAGUCUGGUUUGACAAGAAGAACUCUGUUGUCGUUCUUGCCAUCACGGCCACCUUAAGGAUCAAAAACUCCAACUUCUACGCGGUUACAGUGACCAGCCUGACUAGCCAGGUCCAGUACAUGAACACUGUUGUUGGAACCCAGCAGAUCACCAAUGUCUCCCGCAUCCAGCCGCUGAGUGACAAGCUGGUGAAUUUCACUGUGAAGGCAGAGAUAGGUGGACCUUUCUCUUACGUGUAUUUCUUCUGCACAUUUCCCAAGGUCAAGGUACAUAACAUAGUGAUUUUUAUGAGAACAUCAGUGAAGCUUUCGUACAUUGGCCACGUGACCCAGAGCGCCUUGGAAAAGUACCAUUACGUGGACUGCAGCACCAACUCCACGGCUUUCCCGGAGCCUCUCUCCCUGCCGACCCCGUCAGCACGAGGGUAACCAAAGAGAAGAGCACGCCCCGAGGACAGGGCUGAUAAUUUUUGGGGGAGGUGGAUGUGCAGACAAAUUUCCCAUGUGAAAUAGAUAGCUGUGGAAAGGACUGUGAACUUUCAGAUGGAAACAGGAGGAUCGCUGGUAACUUUGGGAAAUCCUGGCAGAGAUACCUGAAAGCUCUGGGUCCAUUUCACACCGCUUGUUGUGCGGCUUGGCUGAAUUGCUGGCCUCUCCCCAAAAUCUGUUUGAGGCGUUGUUCACGUGCAAGCAAACAAGCCCCUUCGCAAAGUAAGGGACCUGCUGAGCCUGCCUUCGUCUUCAGUUCCAAAGAACAAGCAUUUGGUAGGGGACCAGGACUAUGAAGCACCAUGCCUUGCAGUCCAAGGGUAAAACAUUGAGUUGAAUUUUGCAGCUGUUCUGAAGCUUAGCACUGUUCUUUCAGGGCAAACUAAUUAGUUCUGUGCAAUUAAUAGAUGCAUCCUUUGUUCAGUGGCAACACAUCAGCAGCAGGUUUCAAAGCAGGACUUGAUAAAAAAGGGAUAGUCUCUUGCAAGGAAUGUGGAGAUAAGGCGUUCAGGCUUUAUCUGUGCACGUAUAACUUGCACUAGAUCGAUGGUUUCAGUUCCUUUUCCUUCUACACGUGCUGCUUCUGCUGCGCAGAUUUUGGUUGCUGGCAGCAGUCUGAGGCUGCAGACAUUGAAUCGAUACCAAAGCUACAGUCUCAACAAAGACAACCUCAGGAAGUGCAGUGCUGCUGGGGACGUGCUAAGGGGCUGCACGGCUUGGACCCUCCUCCCUCACGCAUAGCUCUGAAGCCGCUGCUUGGGGCGUACGCAGCGUUCGACAGCUGUCAGUUCCUCUCCCUCACUUUGUGCCUGCUGCUUUCCCAAAGAUUUGGGACGGAUCUGAGAAGGGACAGUAUUAUAGAAUGCUAUUCUUUAUACUGCCACGGGUUUUCCCCACAGGAAAGGAUGUAUAAAGACUAAAUAUGCAAGUGCUGCUGUCUUGGUUUCCUUUUAGGGCCCUUCAGGCAAAUGAGUGUAGAUUUAAACUGAUCUGGGGCAAGUUAGCAUGAGUUUCUUGUUUCAAAGGCUUACCUUACAGGAGCCCUUUGUUCCAGAAUGAUGAUAUUGAGUACAUAAACCUAAUGUGAAAGUUAACCACAGCACCCACUUUAGUUCUUGCUACAGACUUCUUGCACCAUUUGCAGCUUAGAGGAUUGCACAUCCUGCUUUUGCCCUUUAUAGUUUUCCUGGAAUUUAAUCACUGCAGCCUCCUGGGAGUGCACCUACAUCUUUCCCUGACUAUCCCUUGUGAGCUAGGUUGCGCUAGCGCGUGUGGGUAUGUGUGGAAACAAAACACAAAGGCUGCAAAGGAAACCAUUAAGAUCAUGGGUGUUUUUUCAAUGAAGGAUGCUUUGUUUUGGGUGAGUGUGGGGGAAAAAAAUGUGUUGUUUUUUUAAGAAGUGGCAGUUACGCCUAGCAGAAUUUCUAGAACUGAAUUUACUUAU